UCUACGAGCUGCGCUAUACAUUAAACUUGCGCAAAUCAAGGACGCAGUUCGCCGAUUGUGGCAGCUGCAGCACUGUGCAGCAAAUGUGUUCAGUGUGCAGCCAGAGAAACACACCCAGCGGAAAAGCGUCCACGCCACGACAGAACAGCGUGCAAUGCCUCUCUAUAAAGCUGCAGCCGCGGGCUGGAAUCGCCACACAACGACAGCCGAAGACGGUCAAGGAGCUGGUUCUUGAUAACUGCCGAUCAAAUGAAGGGAAAAUCGAAGGCCUCACAGAUGAAUUUGAAGAGCUGGAGUUUUUAAGCACCAUAAAUGUGGGCUUAACAUCAGUUGCAAAUUUGCCGAAAUUGAGUAAACUCAAAAAGCUUGAAUUGAGUGACAACCGCAUCUCAGGAGGCCUGGAAGUUCUGUCAGAAAAAUGUUCCAACCUCACACACCUCAACCUCAGUGGGAACAAAAUCAAAGACCUCAGCACCAUCGAACCUCUGAGGAAGCUGGAGAGCCUGAAGAGCUUAGACCUGUUCAACUGUGAGGUCACCAACCUGAAUGACUACCGGGAGAACGUGUUCCAGCUCCUCCCACAGCUCACCUACCUGGACGGCUACGACAAGGAGGACCAGGAGGCGCCCGACUCAGACACAGAGGGCUACGUGGAGGGACUGGACGACGAAGACGACGAUGACGAAGAUGGAGCAGAGGAGGACUAUGAUGAAGAUGCAGCUCCAGGGGAUGAAGAUGAUGAUGACGAAGAGGAUGAUGAGGAGGGUGGGGGGGAGGACGAUGAUGACUUAAGUGGAGAGGAGGAGGAGGAGGAUGAUCUGAACGAAGGUGAAGAUGAUGAGGACGACGCCGAUGAGGAGCGGGGGCAGAAGAGGAAACGAGAUCCUGAGGACGAAGGUGAUGAUGAUGACGACGACGACGACGACGACGAAGACUAAAGCCGCUUCUUUUCUCGCUUUUUAAAAAUGACUUGUGUUUCUAAAUGGACAUAUGAGCUGUGGGCGUGUGUGUGUGGGCGUGUGUGUGUGGGCGUGUGUGUGUGGGCGUGUGUGGGCGUGUGUGUGCGUGUGUGUGUGGGCGUGUGUGUGUGUGGGUGUGUGUGGGGGGGGCUGGGUAUGUGAAGUCCAGGUUAGGUCACAGGAUUAAGUUUAUUUGUUAAUUUUUUUUUGUUUACCAACUGCAGACUAGUCCAGUUGCGUUUCUUGCCCUGUUGUCCAGCGCACACACACCCUUUUGGACAGGAGCGCAUUCCCUUCCUCAAGGUGUUUGUUCUCGCUACCAUGGAUACUAAAGGUGUUACCAUGGGUACCAUGGAUGCUGGAAUGUGUAUCUAGAUGUUUUUACAACAGAGAGCAGAAAUGUACGUGUACGUGUACGUGUGUGUGUGUGUGUGUGUGUGUGUGUGUGUGUGUGUGUGUGUGUGUGUGUGUGUGUGUGCCUAUUUUCAUGACUACUGCUUUUAUAAUCUCACACACAAGCCUGCCCUUACUUUCCUCUGGAAGGGUGUUCAUUUUACAGAGUAAACUAUUUUACUUUUUGUGUGUGUGGAAGGGUGUCCAUUUUACCGAGUAAACUAUUUUACUUUUUGUGUGUGUGGAAGGGUGUCCAUUUUACAGAGUAAACUAUUUUAUUUUUUGUGUGUGUGGAAGGGUGUCCAUUUUACCGAGUAAACUAUUUUACUUUUACUGUGUGUGUGUGUCGUCCUCUGGAGGUUUCAUUUUACAGAGUAAUCUAUUUUACUGUGUGAGUGAGUGCGGCCCUGUCCCAGGGAGGCUGUCUGGGGGGUGCGUGCGUGCGUGCGUGCGUGCGUGCGUGGUCCCUGUCCGUCUUGCUCUGAAUGUCUGCCAUUAGCGCAGGCUGGCUCCUUCCUGUACGUGAAUAGUCUGUGGGGUUUUUGUAAAUAGUGACCAAAACUUUUUCUAUGCUCUUUUGAUAAUGGUGUGUGUGUGUGUGUGUGUGUGUGUGCGCGCGCGUGUGCACGUAUGCCCUUUUGAUAAUGAUAGACAUGUUUCAUUAUCCAGCUGUAACAAUUUAACUAUAAUAAAAUGUUCAUUGGACAUUGAAGAAUCC